AUGUGCAACCCUGAGGAGGCAGCCCUGCUGCGGCUAGAAGAGGUCUUCUCAGCUGCCCUUGCCCGCAUCAACUGCCUUGUCCUCCAGCCCCUGCUCUUGGAUGGUAAGUCCAGGCUCUCCAGUGGAGAGGAGCCCUCAGACCCCCGGGGCAGAGAGUGCCUGCAGCUCUUGCAGCAACUGCACAAGAGCUCUCAGCAGCUCUGGGAGGUGACAGAGGAGAGCCUGCAUUCACUGCGGGAGAGGCUGCGCCACCCGGACUCUGUCGGCCUGGAAUCCCUGCUGCUGCUGCGUGAUGCUGACCGUGUCCUGCAGGUCCACAUACAGUACAUCGAGUCCUACACGAGCUGCAUGGUAGUGCAGGCCUUUCAGAAAACAGCAAAGAGGAGGCGUGAGUACUGGCAAGGCCAGCGGAAAGUGCUGCGGCAGCUCCUGUCAGACGUGAGCUCAGAGGGUGCGGUGGGUCCAGUGCUGGUCCAGGCCCUCCGCCAGCCACUCGCCCACCAUGUGCAGCAGUACGUGUUUCUCCUGCUGAGCCUCGGAGACACUCUCAGGGAGCACCACCCUGCCCGGGAGCUAGUGGUACAUGCAGCCACCCUCUUUGGGAACCUACAGUCCUUCAUGAGGCAGGCACUGGACCAGGCAGUGGUCACGCAAGCCCUCUGGCCCACCCUGAGCAGUCGGCUGAGGGAUGUACUCUGCACCCCUGCUCACCGGCUCCUGCAAGACAGCCAUGACAUUCCAGUGACGGUCUCCCCACUGCGGGCAGAACGCGUGUUGCUGUUUGAUGACACCCUUGUCCUGCUGCAGGGCCACCAUGCCCACACCUUUGAUCUGAAGCUGGUGUGGGUGGAUCCUGGGCAGGACAGGUACACGUUUCAUGUCCUCACGCCUGAAGAAGAGUUCUCCUUUUGUGCCAAGGACCACCAGGGCCAGGUGGUCUGGCAGUGGAAGGUGACCCAGGCUGUGCGCCAAGCCUUGUGCGGGAAGAAGGACUUCCCAGUGCUGGGGGUGGGCCCGGAGCCGCCCGAGCCCCCAACUUCUCGCUGCGUAGCAUACACCUUCCACACGGAGGGCCGGCUCUGCCAGGCCACCUACGAGGGCGAGUGGUGCCGGGGCAGGCCCCAUGGCAAGGGAACCCUGAAGUGGCCAGAUGGGCGGAAUCAUGUGGGGAAUUUCUGCCAGGGCCUGGAACAUGGCUUUGGCAUCUGCCUGGUGCCCCAGGCCACUGAGGACAAGUUCGAUUGUUACAAGUGCCACUGGAGGGAAGGCAGCAUGUGUGGCUACGGCAUCUGUGAGUACAGCACCGAUGUGGUGUACAAGGGCUACUUCCAGGCAGGCCUACGGCAUGGAUUUGGUGUCCUAGAGAGUGCCCUGCAGGCCUCCCAUCCCUGCAAGUACACGGGCCACUGGGAGCAGGGCCAGAGGAGUGGCUAUGGCAUUGAGGAGGACAGAGACAGGGGUGAGCGCUAUAUCGGCAUGUGGCAGGCUGACCAGCGCCAUGGCCUGGGGGUUGUGGUCACCCAAGCAGGCGUCUGCUACCAGGGCUCCUUCCAGGCAGACAAGAUGGUGGGCCCAGGGGUCCUCCUCUCUGAAGAUGACUCCCUCUAUGAGGGCACCUUUACCAGGGACCUGAGCCUCGUGGGGAAGGGCAAGGUCACUUUCCCUAAUGGCUUCACCCUGGAGGGCUCCUUUGGAAGUGGGGCAGGGAAAGGACUGCAGACACAGGGUGUGCUGGACACAUCUGCCCUCCCACCGGACCCAAGAAGUACCUGUAAGAGGCAGCUGGGCCUGGGUGCCUUCCCUGUGGAGAGCCGCUGGCAGGGCAUCUAUGGCCCUUUCCAGGACUUUGUGCAAGCUGGCUGCCCUGGGGACCUGGAGGAGGCCCUGCUGGGCUUCCAUGUGCAAAGUUCCAAGGAGCUGCGCAAGUCCCAGGAGUACCUGUGCUGUGAGAGGACCCACCCUGAAGAUGGCAUGAAUAGUAUUGAAGACAUCUUGGAGGAGCUACUGCAGCACCGGGAGCCCAAGGCCCUGCAGCAAUACCUCAGGAAGGCCCUGAGCAACUCUCUGCACCCCCUGGGAAAGCUGCUUCAGACACUGAUGAUGACCUUCCAGGCCACAUAUGCAGGUGUCGGGGCCAAUAAGCACUUGCAGGGAUUGGCUCAGGAAGAGGUGAAACAGCAUGCCCAGGAGCUCUGGGCUGCCUACAGGGGUCUGCUGCAGGUUGCCUUACAGCGAAAGGGCCAGGCCCUGGAGAAGGAUGAAGAUACAGAAACAAGGGACCUGCAGGUGCAUGGAUUGGUGUUGCCCCUCGUGUUACCAAGCUUCUACCCGGAGCUCUUUACUCUCUAUCUGCUUCUUCAUGAGAAGGAAGACAGUCUGUACAGCCAAGGCAUCACCAACCUGAGCCUAUUCCCUGACACCAAGCUGCUGGAGUUCCUGGAUGUGCAAAAGCACCUGUGGCCUCUCAAGGACAUCACCCUGACGACCAAUCAGAGAUACUCCCUGGUCAGGGACAAGUGCUUCCUGUCAGCCACUGAGUGCCUGCAGAAGAUCAUCACCACAGUGGACCCACGGGAGAAGCUGGAGGUGCUGGAGAAGACAUAUGGGGAAAUUGAGGCAACUGUGUCACGGGUACUGGGCCAGGAGCACAAGCUGCCUAUGGAUGACCUGCUGCCCCUGCUCAUCUAUGUGGUGUCACGUGCCCGAAUCCAGCAUCUAGGAGCUGAGAUUCACCUGAUCCGGGACAUGAUGGACCCCAUGCACACAGGAGGCCUGUAUGACUUCCUGCUCACGGCCCUGGAGUCCUGCUAUGAGCACAUCCAGAAGGAAGACAUGAGGCUGCACCGCUUGCCCAGCCGCUGGCACUCCAGGGAACCCUUGUAA